AUGACAUCUGUCCCCCUCCCAGGUGACCGGCUCUUGCAGGUGGAUGGAGUGAGUCUGUGCGGCCUCACCCACAAGCAGGCCGUGCAGUGCCUCAAGGGCUCUGGGCAGGUUGCAAGACUGGUCUUAGAGAGAAGAGGCCCCAGGACUGCACAACAGUGUCCUUCUGCUAAUGACAGGAUGGGAGAUGAAUGCACGGCUGUUUCCUUGGCAACAGUCUUGCCUGGAAGGCCUGCGAGCAGUGUCUCAGCGACAUAUGGUCCCAGGUUUGAAGUCAAGCUAAAAAAGAAUGCCAGUGGUUUAGGAUUCAGUUUCGUGCAGAUGGAGAGUGAACGCUGCGGCCAUUUCAAGAACGAUCUUGUGAGGAUUAAGCGGCUCUUCCCGGGGCAGCCGGCAGAGGAGAAUGGGGCCAUCGCAGCUGGUGACAUUAUCCUGGCUGUGAACGGAAGGCCCACGGAAGGCCUCGACUUCCAGGAGGUGCUGCAUUUACUGCGCGGAGCCUCACAGGAAGUCACGCUCCUGCUUUGCCGACCGCUGCCAGGUGUGCUGCCUGAGAUGGAUCAGGGCUGGCAGACACCUGUGCUCUCAGCAGACAAAGAAUUCACCAGGGCAACAUGCACUGACUCAGAGCAGAGCCCCAGCCUGGAUCAAGAGGACAGCCAGAGGGACAGUGCCUCCGCAGAUGCAGGGGAAGGCCUGGGUCUCAGGCCAGAGUCUUUCCAACAGGCCACCAGAGAGGCACAAUGGGACCAAGACACAGAGAGACCCUGGGCCACUUCCUUGACUCGUCCUCGGGAUUCCUACCUUCAUUUAUUGAGACUUCACCAAGAAAUGGAUGCAUCAACAUUGGCUACCUCUUUGGAAAACGAUAUGAGGCAAAACUGCUAUUCAGUUUGUGAUAUCAGGAGACUUGAAAGAUUCUCCUACUCAUCUUCUCUAACCAGACUCUCGACAGAUAUUUUCUGA